AUGUCGAAAUCAACAGUAUUGAUAGCAUUACAGAAACCCACAGUUAGCACAUACGAUGGUAGCAAACGUCACGGCAAGGUUGGUGCGGCGGUCGUUAUCCGGAACCCGAGCGGCUCUACAGUUCUGAUCAAGAAGCUCAAACUGCAUGAUGUCUGCUCGGUGUUUCAAGCGGAGAUGGCCGCCAUUGACCAAGCAUGUCAAAUCAUUAUCGCUAAAAAAUUCUCACCCGCACUCAUUCUCACGGACAGCAAAUCAUCACUGAUGGAACUGUCCAAUCAUAACAGCACCAAUCAUCUUUGCAAUAACAUCUUCAAAUCACUUCAUCAAGCCAAACUGCAUAACAUCAACAUAUCAUUCAUUUGGAUCCGUUCACACAUCGGGAUAUCUGGCAAUGAAGAGGCCGACCUCGCGGCCUAA